GCGGGGCUGCUGCUUUUUCAGGAGGACCUCGGGCUGUCGGAGAUCACUUAUGAGCUGUGCUACAACUCUGCCUGCACUCUGAUUGGCCAAAACCGUCUCGAGGAAGCCAUGAAGAAACUGAGAAAAGCAGAGGAGCUUUGUCGGGUGUCUUUGUCAGAGGAUUCUGACAUGACAGAGGAGGACAUUGACUUGGAGCUGGCCGUCAUCCACUCGCAGAUGGCCUACAUCAUGCAGCUGGAGGGACGGAUUGAGGACGCCCUGCAGCUCUACAAUCAAGUCAUCAAGUUAAAGCCGUCAGACGUGGGAUUAUUGGCAGUGACGGCCAACAACAUCAUCACAAUAAAUAAGGACCAGAAUGUGUUUGAUUCCAAGAAGAAGGUGAAGCUGACCAACGCCGAGGGUGUGGAGCACAAACUGGCCAAGACACAGCUACAAGCAAUCGAGUUCAACAAAGCCUUGCUGGCCAUGUACACUAACCAGGCGGACCAGUGUCGAAAGCUGGCUUCCAGCCUCCAGUCACAGAACCCGGGCCACCCGCGGCCGGUGCUGAUCCAGGUGGCCCAGCUGUGUAGAGAGAAGCAGCACUCCAAAGCCAUAGAGCUGCUCCAGCAAUUCUCAGAGAAGCACCCUAAGAGUGCGUCUGGAAUCAAACUGACCAUGGCACAGCUAUACCUGACUCAAGGUCAUGUUACAAAGGCGUGUGACAUUCUGAGGUCAAUAGAAGACUUUAGAUACAAGCCAGGAAUGAUCUCUGCUUUGGUUACGAUGUACAGCCACGAAGAAGACAUCGACAGUGCUAUUGACGUCUUAAGCCAAGCUAUUCAGUACUACCAGAGAACACAGCCGGGCUCAUCUGCUCACUUGUCUCUGGUCCGCGAAGCUGCUAAUUUCAAGCUGAGGUACGGAAGGAAGAAAGAAGCCAUUAGCGACCUGGAGCAGCUGUGGAAACAGAACAAAAAAGACAUCCACAACCUGGCUCAGCUUAUCUCUGCCUAUUCUUUGGUUGAUCAAGAAAAGGCAAAAUCUCUGAGCAAGCACCUUCCGUCCCCCGACACCAUGUCGUUCAAAGUGGAUGUGGACGAGCUGGAGAACUCGCACGGGGCCACGUACGUCAGAAAGAAGCCGGCCAAAGUGACGGGUGAAAAUGUAGCCAAGGAGGAGGGGCAAGAAGUGGUUAAGAAAAAGAGGAAGAAGAAGAAAGGUAUGUCGUCUGUGUUUCAUUAAUGUUGUUAGUAUAGACUUUAACAUUCUAACGUUCUUAGACUAUACUGCAGUUUUUAGCAUAGUUCUUGGUCUGUACUGUGAUAUAGUUCUUGG